AUGGCCACCGUCACGGCCGCUAUUCACAACACAGCAGCCAGACAUCACAAUAUACGUGCUAACGCAUGCCCUUCCCCAUUACAGCCAUCCAUCCCAUUAGGGAAACGCCAGCCACCAUUCACAAUAUGGCCGCUGUUCCGGGCGCCAUCUAACGAUGCCCCACACUGUUACUAUUAUGUGUGCCGACCUCGUCAUAGACGUUCCGGAGUACACCGCAAUGCCCCUUGUAAUGGCCAACCACGACUGUAACUUAAGCUCCCAAUGCCACUCCCAAUAUGGCCACCGGCAUAUACGACCGCCAACCACAAUAUGGAUGCCGCCUAAUACAUCAUCCAUGCCACCAUAG